AUGUUGGCGUCGUCCUCAGUCUUUAGCGCGCAGCAGCGUCUGCCGCUCACGAGCUUUCCGCGCACGCCGAUGCCGUUGACGUCGGUCCAUAUCGAGACCGCGCUGGUCUUCUCGUGGACCAGCUUUCUGUGCCCGACGGCGUGGAUCCAUGCCCAGGGGCUGCGCAUGCCCCUUCCUCCCUCGCUCGCCCAAGCAUUUGCCGAGCUUGACGCGGCCAUCGCGGACGUGCUGCUUGAAGCUCAGGCCUACGGCACGGUGUUUGUGCUCGCCGAAGACAGCAGUGCGUACAUCGAAGACCUCUGCAGCAAUUUCUUUCCUCGGUGCGCGACGCUCUUUGCGACCCCGGCCCUCCAGAGCCGCAUUCAACUGCUCUGCGCCGCGACCGAAGCCAACACGCAGUGGUACAGCCAGAUGCUCCACUCGAUCUGCACGACGUCGCCCGCCCUCCGCGGUUCGAGCGUCGUCCUAACGUGCUUUGGCCCGGAUGCGCUCCGCGCCGCGUGCAUCGAGAACGCAAAGCACUUGUCCAUUUUGCCAAAGACGAUCCGAAGCAACGUCGUGCAGCCGACGCCGGCGCAGGUGUUUGAGCAGCUCUGCCUUGUGCGCGCGCACCUCGUGGCCACCGUGACGCACCACUCGGCCAUCGAUGUGGUCGUGUAG